GCACACUGUACAACAAUGCCCAAAAUGGCUGUACGCAAGAAGACUGUUCCAAAUGUUCGUCCAAUUCUUCCUGCGUGGUCCAGGGCAUUCCGGGGACUCCCGUCUGCCAGUGCCCGCCAGGAUAUCGGGGCAGUAAUUGUAACAUCGCAACGUCGGUGAAAUAUUUCACAUCCAAUCAAUACGUUCAAUGGAAACCGUCUGCAACCUACGCCAGCAGUCUCAACUCUUCAGCCAAUUGGUACUCCGACAGCUUGCAGAUGCUGUUUAAGACCAGGAAAAGUAACGGCGUCCUCUUCAUGGCUAAAAGUUUUACUGGUUACGAACGAUAUCUGCUAAGAGUACGUGCGGGCAUGUUGUCAUUCACAUAUGACCUUGGGUCAGACGAUCGUGACCUCACGUUGUCCAACAUCAAAGUUGACGAUGGGGUUUGGCAUUUCGUCAGGAUUGAUAGAUACGGGAAUGUGGUUGAACUGAGGUUAGAUUCAGGCGAUGGUAUGAGAUACAACUCAAGUACUCCGGCUUCAGAGCAUAGGUACUUGAAGAUGAGUACUGCAAAUGUACUUGGCGACCUCAGCUACAACCAGUACAGCAAACAAACCGCAGUACUCGACAAUCUCGAAAAAACUUGCAUAUCCGAUGUUCGAUACUCUGGACACCUGUUGCCUCUUAGCAACGAGGAGAAUACAGAAUCUUUGGUAACCAUGACGAUGGUGGGUGGGAGUGACGUUGGAUGCUCCAUAACUGGAGUCUGUGUUGACGGACUGAACUGUCCCACUGACCAGAUCUGCGUCGAUCUCUGGAUGAAAAGUGAAUGCAGAUGCAAACAAUUCUGGGUAGCCAACGACCCCAGCCACCAAAACUCAAUUUGCGUUGCCAAAUCCUGCUCUGACUCUCCGUGUAUGAACGGCGGAACUUGUGUGAUGCUGGACGGAAAAGUUGCCUGCAUAUGUAGCGCUGAAUGGGGCGGACUCUACUGCACGGAUAAUGGUCCCAAGGAAGAAGAAACUAAAAAUAACACUGAGAGAAAUUUCAAUCUUGUUGCAGCUAUCGUGGUUCCUAUCAUUGUCGGACUUCUGCUACUGCUUUUACUGCUGUUUUUGAUAUACUGGUGUUGCUGUAGAAGGAAGGAAGACAGGCUUCUGUACGGCGAGCCUGAUAAAGAAAUUAGAGAAAAUGUUAUUGCCUAUGAUGAUGAGGGGGCCGGUGAACAAGACAACUAUGCCUUCGACCUGGGCAAACUCCAGAAGUCAAGCACUCCAUUAGAAGUUGACACACUCAAAAAAACGCCCAAUCUCGAAACAUUACCAGCUUAUACUACCAGAGGAGGAGAUUACCCGAGCAUCGCAGACUUCAUCUCAGACAGACUGAACACCGUCGACGGUGACCCAGACAACACGGGUGACGAUUCAAAGGUCAAUUUUGAGUUCGAAGGUCAAGGAAGCGACGCCGGGUCUCUCAGUUCAUUGGCUUCUAGUGAAGCUGAUCGAGAUAUCGAUUUUGAUUGGCUGGAAAGGGCCGGUCCACAUUUUGCGCGAUUGGCUGAUUUGUAUGGUGAUGGAGGUCAAGUUUGA